UAAUAUACAACUUUUUUUUGUUUUUUCCCUUUUUUGUGACAUGAAACGAUUAGAUAAAAUUUCAACUGUUUAUUCUAGUAGAGCUAACUGAUAAGGCACGCCAACAACAAAAAUAAUAAUAAUAAUAGUACAACAAAUAUUUAAUAUUGAUAGACGGACGGACGGACCUAGAGGUUUACGGAAUUAGUAAGACAACAUACAAACAACAACAUUUGAAGAAAGAAAAACUAAAAACAAAAAUAUUUCUUUACUUUAAAAUUCUGAAUUUAGUUGUAUUCCAGACAUUGGUGUUUAAUAUCGAUUCGUAUAAAAAAGUGAGCGCGAGCGGGAGGUUAAAGUAUUGUGCCGGUUGAUCAGUAGCAAGUUCAAUUAUACUAUAUUUUGAAAAUCAAUUUGUGUGGAAAGUGUAAAUUUAAUAUUGAAUGAAUUAAUACAUCAAUUGUUAAGACAACAACAAUAUAAGUAAAAAAAAUAACUUUGUCUGAAUUUAUUAUAAUAAAUAAUAGUGAAUAUUAAGAAAACAGAAAUUAAUAAUGUUGACAGAAUUUGCUGGUAAUUUGGCCCAUCAUUUAGAAUUUGGACAUGCCUUGGAAAUUGUUGCAAAAACUAUCGAUGGAGCUUCUCGAUUCAAUUUAACUUUAGCCACCGCCAAAUCUGUCAUUAAUCCUAAUGCUGACAUUGGUUUACGAUUUACAGUGUAUUUUCGAGACGAUUGUAUAGUGCGAAAUGCACGCAUCAACGGGGUGUGGGGUGAAGAGGAAAUAAAAAAUAUUGACAAUUACUCCUUGCCAAAUCCCAUAACAUCAGGAGACUUUUUCAUGAUCUAUAUUUUGGCAUGUGAAGAAAAAUUCCACAUUUCUAUUAAUAGUCGCCCGUUUUGUACAUUUAAAUAUCGUUUGCCACUGGAAUCUUUAAGAUCACUAGAAUUACGCGAUCAAAUACAAGUUAUAAAACAAAUAGAUCAUCGUACAGUAUUUCCAAAUCCUUGGCCUGCUAUCCACACAUCGGAUUAUUUUAAAGCCUUUAGUAAUGAUGCUCCCAUAUUAUAUAGUCCUGGACAUGUUAUUGUAAUAACAGCACGUUGCUUUGAUAAUAAAAAGGGACAAUUUAUUAUUAAGUUUAUGGAAUCGGAUAGUAAACGUGAAGAUUUCCAUUUUAGUGUAAGGUUUGAUGAGAAGGCAGUGGUGCGUAAUAGUCAUGAUAAAAAUUUCAAAUUUGGUCCGGAGGAGCGCCAUGGCGGUUUUCCAUUUGUCUUCAAUCAACAAUUUAAACUUGCCAUUGCCUUUACGGAAAAGGAAUUCUUAACUGCCGUGGAUGGUUACAAUUUCUGCAGUUAUGCCUAUCGCCAGCCAAAUAUGUUACAAAAUCUUGUUGGUUUUAAGGUGACCUGCAUUAAUGGUCUGCAUAUGCAUGUCACCGGUGUGGAUCACAUACAAAUGGGUGAUGCCUUAUGCACAAGUUUCGAAAAGUAUUCUAGAUUUGACUAUGAAUGUGCCUAAAUUUUUCUUUCUUCUUUUUAAGUAAUUCUUAUUUUAAUAAAUGUUUUUGUAGUUAA